UCUGCCAGUGGAAAUAACCCAGAAUAUUUUUAGAAUGUUAGAUCCCUACUCACUCAUAAAUGCGACCCAAGUAUCUCGAAAAUGGCGUGAAGUAUGCCGCGGUGAUCCUCAGUUGAGAGCCACUGCCAGGCGUCACAUCAGGAGGGAGAAAAGGCGUACUUACGGCCUAGCCGGUAAGUCUGGAGCUAGAUCGCUCAAGAAGACUCCGCUGGUCACGUCUGUAUCGCCGGUGCCAAGUAUGAUUGGUAUCCCAGUUAUUUUUACUUUCGGCCCUUCUGGCAUUUGUGCGGGACAACCAAAGACCAAAACCGCUAAACGACGCGUACGUCCCCCGUCAAGAACAGGGAUGGUAAAGAAUAUGCUUAAGUUUAGGUUUUCAAAUCAUAACAAUUUCCCAUCCAUUGACUUAGUGGAUUAGGCCUACAGGGGAUACCACGUUAAAAAAAAGACGUCAAGGACUCUACCUCUUGGGUGACGUGGAAAGAGUAUCACUUUAAUUACUUGAUUUAUGAAAAAAUAGUCAAUACUGG